AAAUGGAGAACUUUAAUAGGUUGGGGUCGCCAAUGGAAUUAUGUGAAGAAACAUUGGAUAAAACUACAGCAGUGAUAGAAAAACGGAGAAAAUGCUUGGAGGCUAAGCAAAGAACAAAGUCUCCUUUUAUGAUUGGUUCAAUUGAUGAUUUGAAUCACAAAAUUGCUCAUCUUGACCGUCGACUACAAAAUUACAACUUGCUAGUUGCUGACAGCAGAAAUUCAGAUCGUGAUGACUGGCGAGAUCGACACCCAUCUAGUGCUAAAAACAAGCAGAAAUCAGAGCAGUUGGAAAAGGAGAGGAAGGAAAUUAACCAGUUUGCUGGAAUGUAUUGUGUAAAAUCCACGUUCACACCUGGAUUAAGUGAAAGAGCCAGAAAUAUAUCUAAAAUAACUUUUAACCACAACAAACACCCAGCUCCAGUGAGUCCCAAAAAGGAGACUGGAAAGCCAAAAUUUGUUGAAUUGCAUCAAUACCCAGGGUAUGAGUUAACAGAAAUCUGCCCUUUGCCAGAUGAUAUCCCUGCACUCCAGAUCUUGCGCAUGGUUACAGAAGCCUCUGUUAAUUUAAGCAAAAAGCCUGUAUACCAGCCCGUGUUUGAAAGACUUUUCUAUUCUGACCUGUCCCAAGCCUUACUGUGUGAUCUCUUCUGGUACAUUUUUCUGGAGAAAUUUCAGCCGAGCCAGCACUCUCAGCAGAGACUAUUUAACAGGGUUGCACAUAAUUAUGUGAAGUUGCUGAUGUAUGCAAAAUCUCCAGAGUAUCGAGACACUUUCUUCAAGUAUUACCCCAGCCUGAUGUCACAGGGAGUAUAUGCUGCCUACUGUGAGGCCUUUCCUGAUUCCUACAGGCAGUUUGGAGAAACCUUCAAGGAAGAUGUGGUUUGUCUGGUGACUGAGUGGAUGACAGGAACAAAACCAGCUCAUAGAAGUUGGAUGAAAUGGAAUUUGGGUAAAUUGGAGCCAGAAAACAUAAAGAUGAGGGAAGAAAUAUUAAACCAGCAGAAGAAUAAAAAAUCCAGCUCUGUGAGCUUUGAUUUCUUGGAUAACCUGGGAGGGACAUCUAACCCCAACUUAAGUAUACACAGCUCCAACUCUAAUCUCAACCAGUCCAGCUCCAUUUCAUCUCUGAGCUCUAAAAAACCACUGAAGAAACAUCUCAGCAUGCAUAACAACCAGAGAGUGAAAUUUUCGAGCAAGUCUUUAGAGAAAGAGUCGGGCCAACCCCAUGCAGCCUCCACUCCAAGGAGCCUGGUAGAGGGCAAGUCCGUGGAGAAACCCCCAAAACAGAACGGGGUAGACCCUCACCAGCUCACAGAAGCACUCACACCAAUCCGUGAGCAGACCACUGAGGACAAGGAUCACCAAGAUAAGACACAAAAGAAGUGUGCGAUAUCUGUCAACACAUCAAAUAGCUUGACUGUUAAAACACGCAUCGACCAUGCAACAGUCAAGUCUGAGUCUCAUCCUGCUUGUAAAGGCCCCGAGUUUGUGAGAAGCGUGUUUAAUGUACAGGGGCAAAGUCCACUCGUGGCUCAUUUUCUUAGGAUGAACCAUUUGGAAUCUACCUCCGGCACGAUAUUGAAGGUUCAGAGGACAGAGCUGGAGAAUCUGCCAUCUCUCGAUGCCCCGACAUACCGUGAUGUCAUCAGACAGUCAUACAAAGUUGUUACUGACAUUUCAAAGAGACAUCAGCUGCUUUUGGACAAAGCAAACAAGGAAAGUUUAAUUUGUCACAGACGACAGAGGAAGAUUUUGCGUGAUCACAUUAACAGAGAAGCUGCGUUAUUAUCUAAACCCAGGGAAGUCAAGAGACUGAGCGAUCUACUGAUUCUAGAACAAAAGAAAGAUCAGGAUUCCAUAUCAGCUGGAGCAGAUGCCGCCAUUGAGGCCGCACUGGUGGCAGGGGAGUGAACUAGAUCUGAAAUUCUUUUCAUUUAAAUAUUUUUGUACCAUUUAUUUUUCUGUCUACUUUAACACUCCAAAAAUUGAGAUUUACAUAUUUUGGAUCAUAUAUUAUUUCUGAGAGGUUUUCUUCAAACUGGUGUGAUAUUGCAUAUUUUAUAAAAUACAUUAUGUUUGCAGGAUU